CUUAGUCCGGAAGACACUAUGCAUACCUAAUCGUUGUGCCCGCAUUGGAGCACGAGCCCACUUCGGCGACUUUGUCAGUCAUGACAGAGGCACCACAUCCCCGCACACUAGGAGACAUGUCUGGUGUGGAAUCCCACACACGUCGUCUCAGCACAACAGCGAAGCUCUCUGAACCUCCACACGCUCCAACUUACAAACUGCCGCAAAGGCCGUGUGGAGUAGCCGCUCAAGCUCAGAUAGCUCCAUGUGGGGUGAAGCUUUCCGCAAUGGACAGGGGAGCAUUUCUUACAAAAGCGAUAGAUAGCUCCAUUGAGUCGCCGUCAUCGUCAGCCCCUCACCAGUAACCCCUCCUCGCAUUCUCAGAGCUAGCUUUACUUCACAAUGGCAGCGCCAAAAGAUCUGAAGCCGAAGGACUUCCAAAACGCCUUUCACUGGGCGGCGACGCAGCAAGACGGAGCAGUCCCCUCCUUUGCGACGCGCCCGAACGAUCCGUACGCUUAUCAGCCCGGAUUCAACAACAGCUUCGAGUCAGAAGCUAUCGCCGGCACGAUCCCAAGGGGCCAGAAUAGCCCGAGAAGCAUCAGAUAUGGAUUGUACGCCGAACAGGUGACGGCUUCAGCCUUUGUCGCGCCCAGACAUUCCAACAAGAAAGCUUGGCUCUAUCGGUCGCGACCAGCUGUAGCUCACCAGGGAUUUACCGAUCUUCCCGACAACAAAGACACUGAGUCGACUUUCAUCCCGAUUAACCCCCGAGUUCACAUUUCUCCAACUCAAUUGGCGUGGAAGCCGUUCCCGAUCCCUGAUGGCCAAGAUCUGGACUUUGUCGAUGGCCUCAAGACUGUCGCCGGCUCCGGAGACCCAACUCUUCGGGAAGGCCUCGCCACUCAUGUGUACCUUUGCAAUAAGAGCAUGACGAAAAGAGCCUUUGCGAACUCCGACGGCGACUGGCUCAUUGUGCCUCAGCAAGGUGUUCUGGACAUCCAAACUGAGUUCGGUUUCUUGUACGUGCAGCCUGGUGAGAUUUGCGUCAUCCAGCGUGGUCUUCGCUUCAAGGUAAACGUUGAAGGACCGACUCGUGGAUACAUCCUGGAGAUCUGGGGUUCAAACUGGGAGCUUCCCGAGUUGGGCCCUUUGGGAGCGAACGGAUUGGCCAACGCGCGCGACUUCUUGCACCCGGUCGCCGCAUACGAGGUUACAAAAGACGACCCAUGGGAUAUCGUGUACAAAAUCGGCGGAAAGUUUUUCAACAGCACUCAACGGCACUGCCCCUUCGAUGUGGUUGCGUGGCAUGGAAACUACGUGCCGUUCAAGUAUGACCUCACCAAAUUUGUCAACGUGGGCUCUAUCUCCGUCGAUCACAUUGAUCCGUCCAUCUUCUGUGUCUUGACGGCCAAGUCGCGUGAUCCAGCUGCGCCCCUAGCCGACUUCCUAAUCUUCUCCCCUAGAUGGGACGUCGCAUCUCACACCUACCGCCCGCCCUACUACCACAGGAACUGCGCCUCUGAGCUGAUGGGUCUGAUCUACGGCGAAUACGGAGGCCGGUCUGACGAAUUCCAGCCCGGAAGUAUCUCAUUUGAGUGUGGGUUUGUGCCUCAUGGCGUUGCAUACGAGCAAUUUGCUGCUGCGUCAAAGGCGGAUCCCCCUCAAAUGCAGAUCUCGCUCGGCUCCAUUGCCUUCAUGUUUGAGACGAGCCGAGCUCUCACCAUCACCGACUAUGCCUGGAAUAGCAAGGAGAAGCAUGAGCACGACCCCAAGAUGUGGGAUGACUUGGUCGAUAACUUCUCUCAGUUUGAGAUUGACCCUAAGCUUUUGAGGUCUAACAUGGCAAACCACCUUAGUUGAGCACUUCUAGGCGAGGGGAGACUUUAAACGAGUUAUCGGUUUUGUAUCGCAAGGAAAGCUACGUAAUAUAGAAUAAAUGAAGGCAACGAAC